AUAAUUUUACCAACGCGUCCGCACUAAGGAGUCGGUUUAACCAGUUCUUUCAAAAGAACCUAUUUGAUUGAACAACGAUUCGGUUAAGCAUCACUCCGCGUUCACUCUGAACAACACGCGACUCUCGAUUUGGACAAGUUUUCUCAUCCCUUUUAGGGUGAUCGCGCUGUGUAAAUGCUGAAGAAACACAUCAGAAACUUUCUCCAGUAUGAAACAUCUGCUUAAUGAACGAAUCUGGGCUUUGUUCCGCAGUAACUGGCAGCAUACUUUAACAUACUGGAUUGUGUUCUUCAGUUUUGGGCUCUGUGUCGCUUUUCUGGGUCCGACCAUUCUGGACCUGAGAUGUCAGACUCAGUCCACCCUACAGGAGAUCACUCUGGUCUUCUUCUCACAACAGUUUUUCCUCUUUAUUGGAAGCACCAUCGGUGGUUUCUUCAGUAAAACGCUUGCGAGUUCUUUGUCGGCUUUGGCUGUGUCCACGCUCCUCAUCUCUGUGGUUUUUGCUGUCAUCCCACUAUGCCAUAAACUGCUCCUGUUGGCGUUUGCCAUGGCCGUGUCUGGUCUUGCCAUGGGCAUCAUUGACACCAUAUCGAACCUACAACUGGUCAAGAUCUACCAGAAAGACUCCACGGUUUUUCUGCAGACCCUUCACUUCUUUGUGGGUCUGGGGGCGUUAGUGAGUCCCCUCAUCGCUGACCCCUUCCUGUCUGACACCAGCUGUGUGAUUGGGAACAGCAGUGUCAAUGCAACAUCAUUAACUCAUCUGAGGCACAGGCUCGCAGGCAGACAUGUGCACAACGUGUCCAGUGUCCACCUUCACACCGAGGGAGAGGUGGUGACCAACGUUUCCUAUGCCUUCUGGAUCAUGGCUAUGAUCAAUCUUCCAGUACCUGUUGCAAUAUUCAUCCUGAUGUAUUUUGAGCGCUUGUUCUCCUGCGGAUCAAACCCCAAUCGACGUUUGCUAGAUGGAGACGUGCUAGCGAUGAAAACCUGGGGAACCACAGGUCUGACAGAAGACGCUGGACAUCAGAAAGAGUCUUCCAGAAGCCAUAUAGGCUUGUUCAGCUGCUGUCUCCUUGGAAACACGAACAGCUUUCCACUGUCUUUCUUUUGGAUCCAUAUCCUCGGGGGUCUGGUGCUCUUCUUUUCUGACGGUAUAGUGGGCUCAUACACAGGCUUUGUGUACAGCUAUGCAGUGGCGCCCCCUAUGAAUCUACCUCACAAGACCGCCGGGUACUUGACCUGCGUGUUCUGGGCGGCGAUUACCGUCGGCCGCGUUGUGCUACCACGGUCCUGGUGACCAGUGCAGGGAUGGGAGAGAUGGUUCUCCAGGUGAUCGUGGGGUCGGUGAUGCACAAUAAAGGCAGUUUCAGUUUCCUGUUGUGCGGAAUGAUCUUCGGCUGCCUGGGAUUCACAUUCUUCGUUUUGCUGUUCUUCGUCCAGCAAAGUCACAAAAACGUCACAGAAGCUUUCCCCAAUAACUCCUGUACGGAAAGACUUGAGCAAAAUGGGAUCAAGGAAAGACUUGAGCAAAAUGGGAUCAAGACCUGUUCUGCCACGGUGCCGAACUCACGGGACAUGUCAAAGCGGGAAGCAUCCAUCGAUCCUUAACAACGGAGAAGCCGGAGACUGGUUGACUCAGGGACAUUCCCAUCGCUAAUGGGACAGGAUCAACCAUGAAGAUCA